AGUAAAACAGCUGAGACACAUAACACGCGCCCAGCACAUUACAUAAAGGUGCGCGCCGCCGCGGCUCUUGUAGCUCAGGGCCUAGAACGUGUGUGAUUUACGAGCGAACCACUGUGACAAAGUCGCUGCAACGGGACUAGCGGCUUUCGGAAGUUCCUUCGGCUUGCGAGCCUCGGCCCCGCCUGCUGCGCCUGCUUGGAUGGUCACGGCUGCCAAACCGACGGGUUCCGACUGCUUCACCUUCUGCCUUCCGCUACGUCGCUCCUUGCGUGCACGCGCAGGCAGAAACAGCGACCCGAACUCGAAGCGACUGCGAAGCCUUCUCGCUGAAACUCCCCGCCUUCCACGCCCCGCGCGAGCUCCGUGCUGGCCCCUCCCUCCGUUCGUAGCUCAUCAUGGGAACCAGUAGCUUCUGGCGACGCGACCUGCGGCCGUCAGGGCGGGCCGUGCUGCUGACCCUGUCUGCCGCCGCCGCCCUCCUGCUGCUGGCCCUAGCGCCCGAUCCCACUGCCGCCGCCUCCACCGCUGCAGCAACCGGUGGCCGGCGGCGGACUGCGCGCCAACCCCUUCACCACCACCGGCACCUGGCUCAGGCUACCGACGGCGGCACCAACACCACCAGCACCAACAGCACCGCCAACACAACCAUGCCGGUGGCGCCCCCCGCCAGCUCCGGCGGCUCCGGCACCAUGCCCCCCGCUGCAACUUCGAAUGUGACUGUGGCCGGCGCAACCCUGCCAGGCGACGUGACGGCUGUGCGCUCCUGCCUGCCCUUCAGCAUCCUCAUCAUGCCCGCCAACGACGGCAACAGCAACAGCAGCAGCAGCGGCGACAGGAGCAGUAGCAGCGGCAGUAGCAAUGCCACCAUUCUGAUGUCGGCGGAGCCGGGUGUGAUCAAUGCCACUGACAUCAGCUACUCGGUGGCAGACGGCAUUCUGGCGCUGUCGCUGUCGCAGGGUUACGUGACGCGGCACGUGAUCAAUCUGACCAUCAAUACCGCCAACACCUCCUCCCUCCGAUUCGUCCAGAACUUCGGCCCCGGCAACAUCGUGGUUGGCCCCGGCUUCAACGUGAGCGACUUCUCCGCCGCCGCCACCUCCAUCGGCGGCGUGCUGGUGCAGGGGCUCACGGCAGGGCACGCCUACAUCACCAACACAGGCACCGGCACUGUGGCCCUCAACGGCUCGCUGUCUGGCGCGGACGUGACGGCGGGCGGCACCGCCAAGGUGUACCUGGCCGGCAACACCAGCGGCGGCGUGGCGGUCAGCCUGGACGGCAUCAGCACCACCUGGGUGCAGGGAGGCAGCGACACGUCCAUCACCGGCUCCGCCAACGGCCUGGCCAAGGUGGUCUACUCGACAGGCAGCUGCAACGUGCAGAGCGCGUUCCAGUCUUUCUUUGGCGUGUCAAUCUUCGGCGACCCCUGCCAACGCGCUAGCAGCACCCCCUCCGUCACCUUUAGCCCCGCGUGGAGCUGCGGACAGCGGGUGGAGGGACAGUCCAGCUGCCCCGCCGACCUGUCUCAAACCUCUACCAGCGGCGUGGGCCUCGGCAGCGGCACCAGCGGCAGCGGCAGCACCAGCAGCACCCCCGAGGGCACCAGCGGCGGCAUUGCCAGUGAGGGCGGCGGCGCCACCAACACAGUCAACGGCCAGCCAGGCACCGUCACCACCGGCACCUUCACCACCCCCGGCGGCAGCGCCUCGGCCGGAGGCUCCGUGUCGGGCCCCGGCGGCACUCUGACUGGCCAGCAGUCGGGCAGCGGCGGCAACGCCCCCACCUUCUCCACCUCCAACCUGCCGCUGGUGCUGCCUGGCAACAUCUUCGGGGGCAAUGGCCUGGACCCCAACUUUGACUCCAUCUUCAGCAACAUGGCCAAUUCGGUCCAGUCCGUCAGCACCGGCGGCGGCGGCGGCGGCACCGCCUCGGUGGCCUCCGUCAGCAGCCCCGAAGGCACUACCACCAUCAACAGCGGCGGCAGCGGCACCGCCUCAGCGCUGACCAUCCCCUCCACCGGCUCCGGCCUGGCCAUCGUGUCGCUGACGUGCAAGGACCCGGCAGCGACCCGUGCCAUCUUUCCGCCGUCGACCGGCAACGCUAGUGCCGCGGGCACCAGCACCAGCGGCUGAGCCACAAGGCGCAAGUAGAAUAAGGAAACGACGGCGAUGAACCUUACAGCAAAGCAUGAUGUGUCUAGUGGUCUGCUUGUUUUGCGUGUUGACGUUGUCGGUUCGUGUUUGUCGGUUGACGGUGCAGCUCAAGCUUGUAACCAUCAGGCUAAUUGCGCAUGCAAGCUUGUUUGAACGAGCUUAGCAUGUAAUUUUGUGAAUUGCCUUACAUUGUGAAUUACCCUAUUGUGACAGCUCUUGCAUACUGGUACAUGCUCCUAAACUGUAAAAUGAUAUAAAA